AUGUAAUUUGUUGCCGUGGUGAAUCGAUGCCGUUCUUACACCAUUGAAACAUCCUUGCUGAGUAGCAGUAAUUGGGGUGCGCUGUAUGCUGUUGGCUAGCUUUUUACACUUAAUAGCUGGCCUGGCAUUACUCUUCUUUACCGUGCAUUACAUUUAUUACGUUGUAACGGCGCUACAGCGUUCCACCAGCAACCAUAUGCAGACCGAGGAUGCUAAAUACAUAAAAAAACGAUGGAAGGGGGGUACUAUCGAGCCUCACCCAACCGAAAAAGCGCUUAUUGUGAACUAUAAACUAGAAGCUGCCGUGUUUGGAGAACCAGGAGACCCAAUGUUGGAGGAUAAAAAGGACUGUCAACGGAUAAUACGGUUGAAGUCGUUAAAUUCCAAAACCGAUCCGGCAAUAUUGGCUCGCGAGGUAGUGGAAAAGUGUGAUCUUAUCCAUCGAUCGCAGCUGUCAGAUAUCGAGCAAAUUAUUUACUAUUUGAAGAAUCGCAAGCACGUCGAAUCGUCAGUGGCGGCAGCGAACCAGCGCUCCGUUUCGCGCAUUUCCGGGAAAAUCAGUCCGAUGAUGGAGGCGGAAAAGGCAUCUAUUCGUAGCAUUGACGAAUACAUCGAACUACUUUACGAGGAUUUGCCAGAGAAAGUAAAAGGUUCUCGUCUUAUCUUACAACUCGCCCGCGAUCCUGAUAAUUUGGAGGAGCUAGAGAAAAAUGAAGCCGUUCUCAGUGCACUGUCUCGAGUACUUCGUGAAGAUUGGCGCCGUUCUCUAGACCUCUCAACGAACAUCAUUUAUAUCUUUUUCUGCUUCUCCACCUAUACUAACUUUCACUCGGUCAUCGUAAACUACAAAAUCGGCUCACUUUGUAUGGAUGUAAUCGACUUCGAGUUGCGGCGUUACGAUCAAAUGAAGAACGAUCUCGACGCACGUAAAUGUGCUGCAUCAACUGGUAUGUGCGCUCCAGACAGUGCCAUUCGAGAUCGUGAGAAAGAAUAUAGCGGCAUUCGGAACAGUACUGAGCAGUUGGACACUAUCAUCGAUCAGGAUAAGCCGAAGGAAAUGGAACCUCCUCGACGACGCAUACCGGAACUUAAGCAACGCCCAAAGUCGGGCAAUUGGGGUAGUUAUCACAGUAGUAACGCCGGUAGUGGGUCCGCCAACAGUAAUUUCAUGACCUCUUCACUCACAAAAGCUCACUCGAUGAACAGCAGCUACCACGAUCAGCUAUCCAACGAAACUGUGAAUGGAAAUUGCUCUCUCACAGUGAGCACCACAUCAACUGACAGCUUGAGUGGAAGUGGCCCGCCUUCUGGUCCGCAAACACCCGGCUCAGUGGGCCCGGAUGGGGUUACCGACAAGCCAGACCCCCGGAAGCAAAAAGAUGAUUACGACAAGAUUAACAAACAGUUCAAAAUAUUCGCACGCAAACAGGAGCAGCUGCUUCGGGUCGCCUUCUAUCUUCUGCUGAACAUUGCCGAAAACGUAAAGUUGGAGGAGAAAAUGCGAAAGAAAAGCAUUGUAACAAUGUUGUUGAAGGCACUUGAGCGGCAAAACUUUGAUCUGCUUGUGCUAGUGGUAACGUUUUUAAAGAAGCUGUCGAUCGUGCGUGACAACAAAGAGGAAAUGUGCGAACUAAACAUUGUUGAAAAACUACCCCGUCUGCUGCAAUCGCAAAAGGAUCUCGUUCAAAUGACACUCAAGUUGUUAUUUAAUCUAUCAUUUGAUGCACGCCUUCGAGCAAAGAUGAUACGCGUCGGAUUGCUACCGAAGCUCGUUACCUUUUUAAGCGAUGACAAGCACCACGGCAUCGUAACGAAGAUUCUCUAUCAUAUGAGUUUGGACAACAAGAUCAAAUCAAUGUUCACGUACACCGACUGUGUACCAGUUGUCGUCGAUAUGCUGCUGCUGAAUCUUAACCAAAAAUCUGACCCUGAUCUGAUUGCGCUUGGCAUAAACCUCGCCCUGAACCGGCGCAAUGCGGCGUUAAUGAUUGAGAACAACCGUCUGCACAAUCUGAUGUCCCGCGCCUUCAAGUGCCAGGACACAAUGAUCAUGAAAAUGAUUCGAAACAUCUCUGUGCACGACACGCUAAGGCUACACUUUGUGGAUUUUGUUGGUGAUUUGGCUAAAAUACUUACCGAGUGUGAUGACGAACAUUUUACUGUCGAAAGCCUUGGUAUUCUGGGCAAUCUUGCACUAGCUGAUUUGGAUUAUUCACAGAUCAUUCAUAAUUUCAACCUAAUACCACUCAUUCGGAAUAUGCUCGUACCAGGCCAAUACAAGGACGAUAUGGUACUGGAGAUGGUCGUAUUUCUGGGGACGUGUGCAUCUGAUGAAUCGUGCGCCAUGUUGCUAUGCAAGGCGGAUGUUAUGCUCUCGCUAAUUGAGUUACUCAAGGCGAAACAAGAAGAUGACGAAAUGGUGUUGCAGAUCGUGUUUGUGUUUCAGCAGGUCCUCCGCCAUGAGAGCACCCGCUGCUAUAUGAUUAAAGAAACGGAAUCACCCGCUUAUCUUAUUGAUCUCAUGCAUGAUAAAAACACCGAAAUACGGAAAGUGUGCGACUUCUGCCUAGAUAUCAUCGCGAUUACUGACAGCGAGUGGGCAUCGCGUAUAACGGUGGAAAAAUUUCGUAAUCACAACAGCCAGUGGCUAAGUAUGGUAGACUCGCAGGAGAGCGUUGACGAUAUUCAAACCAAUGGACCGCUAGAAGACGAACAAAGUGACCUAAACGCAUACCUAACAUCGGAUUACCUCGAUCAGCUGUAUAAUUCGGGAGGUGAUUCUAAUGACGAUGCGGAGAGUAAUAAAAAUCGAUCCGGGUCGGCCAUGUCCAAUUAUAGCCGCCCUGUAAGUCGAUACAGUCGAAGCUUGGAAGAUCUGGAUACGGUAGCUUAAACCAUAUGGUUGCACCAACAAGAAAAACAAAUGACGUAUUGCAAUGACUCGAGUUUCAUAUGUUUAACUGGUUCAUCAAGAUCGAAUGGCAUAUUCUGCAGUCCGUUAAUGAUCGUCAGUAAAAAAAACCCAAAUAACGUCAUUACGUAGAAAUAUACCUCUGUUCCUGCAACCGCUGCUGCUGUUGACCACUGGUCGUGCAAAACACUAUACCGACCGUAGGUAAGCCACCGGAACACGGCGGCAGAGGAUGGAUGGUUAAGUGAUAGUGGCCAUUCCGUUUCGUUAUCAUUUUUUAUAUAAUUGGUAAAUCGCACAAAUGCAACAAAUACGCAAAACAAAUACUUAGUGUGAGUUUUAGUUCUCUUCGUAUUAUAUAUACAGAUAUAGAAAUAUAUAGCAAUAAAGAUAUAAAAAUAUGUCCAUCAAAAAUGUCAUUACACUAUAAUACGUAAAAUUAUACAUUAUUGUGUGUAAAUAAUCAAAUGGUCUAAAAUAACACCAAACCUUUCCUUUAAAAAUGAAAGUGACAGGGUUUGAGGUUACUCUCGCUGCUGUACGCAUUGCAAAUAGCAAAUAGUUCUGGUAAAAGGGUUACAGACCCCUGUUAGCGUCAUUGAC